ACUGACGCUGGAGGAGGAGGCGCUGAGGCAGAGAGAAAAUUGUACUGUGAGGACCUUGACAGCUUCACCGGCGCGGGCUUUUCUUUUUGCCUUCCUAUAUUUUCUGGAAUAGAUUUUUUUUUUUCUCUUUUACAAACUGACUAGAUAAAACCAUCCCUUCUCGCCUUGCAGAAGGCAUUUGACUUUCUCAGAGGUACCCGCAAGCUCUCAGAGCAUCCUCCGAGAGACCAGUGACAGGAGCGCAGGUGCAACGAGAAGGCGGAGGGGAGGGUGGUGCGCUUCUUCGCGACUUGGGGCUCUUUCUCUCUGCGCUCCCCAGGCACUGAACUCUAAGCUGCAAGGAUAGGAGAGCCGACAGCUUCUCCACUGAGGCUCUGCCACCGGUGCUUGCCAGGGAGGUGUAUCCAGCAGUCGCUGCCUCCUAAGCUUCGGAGCGCGCAGACCUCUGUCCCUCGCCCAUCUCCAGCAUCAGGGUCGUCCCUCCCCGCACGGUAACCACGGGGACCCCGCAAGGAGAUCGGGGAUUCUCAGCCCUCUGCAUCCAGCUCCUUCCUCUGCUCCCCGCCGUUGAGCUCACCACGCGCGGGUCCUGCGGACCUGACCGCCGCUGAGCCGCGCAGCUCUGCUGUCCACGCUCCGCUCGUCGCCUGGCAGGGCGCGCAGCCGCCUGGUCCCGUCGGUUCCCAGGGUGCAGAGGGCGCCUCCCUCCCCCCUUCUCCAACCCCGGGCUCCGUUGGCCUCCCCCACCCGCUGAUCCGUCUAAUUCUGCAUCCGCUGAAGCCCCUUUGCCUUCCUUGCGUCAAACAUGUCAGGCUCUGGGCGAAAAGAUUUUGAUGUGAAGCACAUCCUGCGACUCCGCUGGAAACUCUUUAGCCACCCGUCGCAGUCCCCCGGCGCUCCGGCCGGGGGCAGCUGCCUGCAAGAAGACGGCAGCAGAAGCUUUGAGCACUGGGGACCAAGCCAGAGCCGCCUGCUCAAAAGCCAAGAGAAGGGCAGCGUGAGCACUUUCUGGAAGAAGCCUUCCUCUUCUUCCUCCUCUUCUUCUUCUGCCUCCCCGUCCUCUUCCUCCUCUUCCUUCAACCCACUGAAUGGCACCCUGCUGCCAGUGGCCACGAGGCUGCAGCAAGGGGCGCCCGGGCAGGGCACCCACCAGCCGGCCAGGACUCUCUUCUACGUGGAGUCCCUAGAAGAGGAGGAGGUGCCAGGCAUGGACUUUCCUGGACCACACGAAAAAGGGCUUGUCUUGCAAGAGCUCAAAGUGGAACCGGCCAACUCGAGCCAGGCAACAGGUGAAGGAUGUGGACACAGGCUCUCAGCAACUAGCCAUUCUCUGACACCUCAAAGUGAUGUGGACUCCAGUAGCUCUGAAGAAUUCUAUCAGGCUGUGCAUCAUGCUGAGCAAACCUUCAGAAAAAUGGAAAGUUACUUGAAACAACAGCAACUCUGUGAUGUUAUCCUGAUUGUUGGGAAACGAAAGAUACCUGCACAUAGGCUUGUUCUGAGCUCAGUCUCCGACUAUUUUGCUGCCAUGUUUACAAGUGAUGUUUGCGAAGCCAAGCAAGAGGAGAUCAAGAUGGAAGGCAUAGACCCAAAUGCUCUCUGGGACCUUGUCCAAUUUGCAUAUACAGGUUGCUUGGAAUUAAAGGAAGAAACCAUUGAAAACCUUCUUGCUGCAGCUUCCCUUCUUCAGCUUCCACAAGUAGUAGAAGUGUGCUGUCAUUUCCUCAUGAAGCUCUUGCAUCCAUCUAACUGUUUAGGAAUCCGAGCAUUUGCAGAUGCUCAAGGAUGCAUUGAAUUAAUGAAGGUGGCCCACAGCUACACAAUGGAAAACAUAAUGGAAGUUAUGAGAAAUCAAGAGUUUUUACUGCUUCCAGCUGAGGAGCUCCAUAAACUCCUGGCCAGUGAUGAUGUCAAUGUCCCUGAUGAAGAAACCAUCUUCCAUGCAUUAAUGAUGUGGGUCAAAUAUGACAUGCAGAGGAGAUGCAAUGACUUGAGUAUGCUUCUGGCCUUUAUAAGACUGCCAUUGCUUCCACCUCAGAUAUUGGCUGACCUAGAAAACCAUACAUUAUUUAAGAAUGAUCUGGAAUGUCAAAAGCUGAUUCUGGAAGCAAUGAAAUACCAUCUAUUGCCAGAAAGAAGAACUUUAAUGCAAAGUCCAAGAACUAAACCUAGAAAAUCUACAGUUGGAACUCUGUAUGCAGUGGGAGGAAUGGAUAACAACAAAGGAGCUACAACCAUAGAGAAAUAUGACCUCAGAACAAAUUUGUGGAUCCAGGCAGGGAUGAUGAACGGCAGGAGACUGCAGUUUGGUGUGGCUGUUAUUGAUGACAAACUCUUUGUAAUUGGAGGUCGAGAUGGUUUAAAGACAUUGAACAGUGUUGAAUGUUACAACCCCAAAACCAAGACUUGGACUGUCUUACCACCAAUGUCAACACAUAGGCAUGGUCUAGGUGUGACGGUACUAGAAGGCCCUAUCUAUGCCGUGGGAGGCCAUGAUGGCUGGAGCUAUCUGAACACAGUGGAGAGGUGGGAUCCUCAGAGUCAGCAGUGGACAUUUGUAGCUAGUAUGUCAAUUGCCCGAAGCACAGUUGGUGUGGCAGCAUUGAAUGGCAAGUUGUAUUCAGUUGGAGGUCGUGAUGGAAGUUCCUGUUUGAGUUCAAUGGAAUAUUAUGAUCCUCACACAAAUAAGUGGAACAUGUGUGCUCCAAUGUGUAAACGAAGAGGGGGUGUUGGAGUGGCCACAUGUGAUGGUUUUCUUUAUGCAGUAGGAGGUCAUGAUGCUCCUGCUUCAAACCACUGUUCUCGGCUGCUAGAUUAUGUAGAAAGAUAUGAUCCUAAAACAGACACAUGGACCAUGGUGGCUCCUUUGAGUAUGCCCAGAGAUGCUGUUGGUGUCUGUCUCCUUGGUGACAGACUAUACGCUGUUGGUGGCUAUGAUGGUCAGACUUACCUCAACACUAUGGAAUCCUAUGAUCCACAAACUAAUGAAUGGACCCAGAUGGCUUCCUUGAAUAUUGGGAGAGCAGGUGCCUGUGUAGUAGUCAUCAAGCAACCUUGACUUAUUUUUAUUUGGGUAUAUUUUAAUUGCUGGAGUGGUUAUUUUUAUAUCAGAGGGCAAGAAUGAGAACUUCCUGAGAUGAAAAUUCUUCAAGAACAAAGAUUUUGGUAGAUUUACCUACUGAAGUCAAAAGAAAUAGAAGAUCAAACAGAAUUAUGGGAAACAAGAAAACAAACUGCUCUGGGAACACUAUCUGGUCAUGUAUUAGUUCAGGAAUGGUUAUUGGUAAUUUGUUUUGUAUUGUAGCAUACAGUAACUAGAGUUACCAAAGGCUUGUUUUUCUUGAGCAAUUAAAAGGAGAAACUGAGAUUUGUGACAUGGAUAAUUUCAUGACCACAGUUCAAUCAAUUGUUUUAUAAUCUGUGGAGAUACCAAGAGGUUGCCAAGAGUAGAAGACAUGAUAUUUCAUCUGACAGAAUUUGAUCAAUUUGCUAUUUUCUUACUCAGAUGUGAUCAUACCAGGAGGUGGAAUGAUGUUUAUUAAAACAAACAUGAUUCUUCCUAAUUUUCCUAAACUACAAACUAGAGAAACAGAUUCAUGCUUGUCUCUUGCAUUCAGAAAACAAAUCAGAGCUGCGUAUAUAAUCUGAGAGGAUGGUUGGAUUUUAUUGCAACUGUAUUAGCAAUUUGAAGCUGGAAAACACAAAGGAUCUUUUUCAUUAAGCUUACCACAUUGCUUUGCUUUUUGAACACACUGAGCCAAAGAAUUAGUACAAUUAUAGGCUUUUGCCUUAUGAUGAGUUCAGUGUAAGCAUGGAAGUUAGUUAUUCUGAAUGUUAUAUAUAUAUAUCCAUUGCAUGUUGAAGUCCUUUAGAAUUUUGUUCAUAAAGAAUCUUAGAAAUUUGAGAGAGAAAUCUAUGAUCCAUUCAUUUGGAGUGUUAAUAAUCAUUGUUAGAAGGAAGGCAGACUUCAGAUUCUCAUUCCCCACUUUUCAAACUUGUUACAUUGAUAUGCACAUUAUUUUAUGCCAAUGUUUGUAAUUGUUUAAAGUAUAUAGUAGAAACAUUACACAAUGUCCUUAAUAGUUCAUGUAAAUUUUAAAUAUAAUUAAUAAAUAGAAAAUAAAUAGAAAAUUUACUUUUA